ACAUCAACGAGGCAUCUGCAACAACAGAUCUCGCAGAUGAAGCGCGAAGCCUCCUCAACCGGCCUCCUCAACCACAUCAACCGCGGUCGGGUUCACGGCUCUCCGCUUCCUCACACCCCCUGCGCUGCUCCCCACCCCAUCGACAAGGAAAUCCUGUCUCCCCUAGCCGGAAUCUCCAGUUCCACUAGCUUCAACACCUCACUCCAGGGCCACCAGCAAGGCGCCAUGUCGAGAAACGGUAACCGGAACUUUAAACGACGCACCCAGUUGUCUCAGUCUGUGUAUCUGAGUUUUGGCGAAGCACCGGCCCAAUCUCAGCCCCGACUUGGCCGACCAAUCGGCGAGCAGCACUCUUCGCGGUUCGCUAAAUCGGCGGAUUUUCAAAGUCACAAUUCGGUGUUCAAAGGGGAGCACCAGGCCUUCCAAGGUGGAGAACUGAAAAAGCACGGCUCGAACGCGCUGUUGCAGUGGUUUAAACAGCGAGUUCGUAAACUUCGAAACAGCCUGCGUCGAAGCCUCGCGCGCGAUGAUUGGCCAACACAGUCCAUGCCGGCAUUCCCAAUGUGCUACCAGAACACAAGCACCAGCGCAGUCACACCGACGCUCCACGAGCACAAACGCCGGCCGUCGUGGCAUCCGAAGGCCCAUCAGAGCAGAAGCCGAACUGUCACCGCUCGGGGCUCCACAGGCGACGUCUACCCCCUCCACUCGGGUCCGGCGCAGGUCGACUACGACCACCGCAGCACCGUGUCGAACCUUCGUCGAUGCUUGAGUCUGGCUGAGAACCAGAACCGUGAUGGUUAUGUUGGAGGUGGGAAUAUGGCUCCGUUCUCCAUGGAGGUGAUUCCAGAGAGCGAGCUUCAAGCGAGCUCCCAGAAUCUGGGGCCUUCGCCGUACCUACGACGGGAUUCCACCAUGGAGCACAUCUUUAGCUGGCAGCAGGGUGCAGCAUCUCUCCUGUCCCUUAACAUAACUCCGAACGGAGCCGACAGGAGUUCCAUAUCGGGCCCGCGACAGAUGUUUCAGGCACCGUCUUUCCCUGAGUCCUCUGAUCUGCAGUCGAAUGGGGCUUUUUUUGAAACCCGAAAUGAGCCCCUCUCGACCAAUUACAUGGCGCGAAGCGGACGAGAUUCUGGAUUUAUUGACAUACCUUGUCAUCAGAACUUUGCUCAGGUUGACUCUUCCGCGUACUCGGUGAUCCACUCGCGUCAGCUUUCCGAACCACGAACUCACGAGGUCUCCGAUGUAAAGGAGAUCACCGAUGCCUUUGAGGGACUUGCGUCGCAUGCCCGUGAAGGUCCAGGUCCGUUGGCAUUUACUCCACCACCUCCGCCACAUGCCUCCUCAUCCCCUCUUCCGGAAAUCAGCGUCUUUUCCAUGACUUCCGAAUCCCCUUUUCCCAGACGGCCUCCACCUAGGCCACCCAAACCUCAACAUCUUUUUAAAACAGAGGCAGUGAUGUCGUCACCAAAGCAACCUAUGUCUCGAGUCUCGCCUGUGCCCUACCCGAAAGGCAAAAAUCCUUUUGGAGAAAGCUCUGACGAGGAACCUGACACCUAUGAUGGUAAAGACACCCUCCCCACAGUCGGUACCAACCCGUUUGGUGUGGACGAUUCAGAGAAGGAGGAAGAUGAGUCUGAGCACAGGGAAAAACAGCCAGUGGUUCAGCAGUAUGAUAUUGAAAAACCCCUCUGUGUUCCCUCAGUUAAAACACAACCCGAUACAAACCCUUUUAAUGAUGUGACUGACGAGGAUAUGUCCAAUGGGUCCACUCCUUCCCACCAUGGUUUCGUUCUGAGAGCCAAUGAUGCGCAGGUACCGAAACCUGUACGGAAGCGCACAGCGCCCAAACCCCCCAACCUACAGGCCAACAGCAGCCUGCCAAGCACCCCCAUGCUUCCCUCCUCUGCUAUGCGUCUCUCCCUACAGUCCGUAAACACAACCACCUUCAGUUCCUCGCCUUUUCCUUGUCGAAAACUCUCCAGUUCCUGUGAAAAUGUCCGCGUUAAGGGCCCGGCUCCACCUCUCCCGGUUGGUGAAAAACGCGAAAUACGAGCCGGUGGCUUCAUCAAGUACUCCAAGCUGAGGCGCGAGCUGGAGGACACGAACUCGCGCCUGAGUCAACUGGAUGCCGAAGUGGAGGAGGUGGAAGUCAAGCUAAAAACAGGCAAGCUGUUUUCUUUUUCCGAAGAUAAUCCAGCAAAACACAAAAAGUACGCCAAAAGGCUAACCAAGUUGGCGGAAAAACGUGACGCGGUGGCCGAAAAACACAGACUCCUCAGUAAUCGGCUCCAGGCACAGAUGCUUGAGGAGCAGCACGCAGAUUUGGAAUAUGAGCUACGAACGAUUCUGGCCAAACAAGAGCAUCUACGAACGCCGGAGGAGAAAGCAAGGGAAGAGGAGUUGCUAAGGCAGUUAGUCGAAGUGGUCGCGGAACGGGACAAACUCGUUGAAGACCUCACGCCCCCGGCUAUGUGA